CAUGGGGUUGCGAAGAGUCAGACACGACUGAGCGACUGAACUGAACUGAAUUGAACCAAAUAUUUAACAAAUCAGUUCUAACUGCAAGAGAGUGGAGGAAUUUAGAGACCUAUUCAGGGGGCACACUGUUCUUUAGACUAGAAAACAUACAUGAGUUAGGAUGUAUGAAAAUUUAAAACUCAUUUUUCUUCUUGGUUACAGAGUCAUACUCUAGUUUUGCCAAUCGGCCAACAUGCGUUCCAGUGGACUUCUAGAAGGGAUAGAUAUGGCCCCCUCACUUCACUUUGCUUCUCCCCCAAACAUAUUUCAAAUAAACAAAUUCUUCUCCAAGAAGAGGCACACACAGAGUCAUCAACAAGCCAUGUCCUGUGGUGUCCAGACUGACCACAAAGUUCCAAAGGGCAAAUGAUUUGCCCAAACAGGAGGGAAUGGGGGGCUUCCAGGGCUCACACCCUCUACUCACUCAGUCAGGAGCUCAGCUGCUCCUUCAGAGGCCAGUUUGCAGUCUCUCAACAGAAAGUGAAAGCAGGCUGUGAGCAAGCAGUGGGGAGGGACAGAGGAAAUCCUGGAAACUAACAAAUUCAGCAGCUGCUGGCUCAACCCUGUAGAUCCUCCCCGGCCUUCCCAGCUGUACUCCUCUCCUCGUCACAGAGGGAGCUGGAAGGGCUGGAGCCCCAGGGACCUGACUCCUGCCUGGAUGCCCAACGCUGUUCCCCAGCUCAGGCUCAGGCUGCUCUUCACUGAAGAAGCCAAUACAGAGAAAAGCACUGGGUAGAAGAAAAGUCACUUUACAUUAAGGAAGCCAGCCACCAGGGGAGAAGGCGGAUCACUGUGCAAGAGAACCAACCCCCAGCACUGCAAGGCUCAGCCCACAUUUAUACAAGGAGGGAGGCAGGAAACGGAUGUGGGCUACACCCUGAGAGUAUUGGAGACUUGACAUUAAAUACCAGGCGCCUUGCUGGGGACUAAGAACACGCGUGUGGCCCUUACUUUGUUAAGAUCAGUGCAUUGUUCUAAAGAUCAGCGGCUGUAUCCUUCUGAAAAAUCAAGGACAGAGGGAGAGCUGAACUGGCCCAUUGAAAGAGGAAACAGAACAUCCAACUCCGGAGCCGCGUUUACCUAUUCACAAGACUUUGGGUGGAAAGCAAGCAAGGUUACAUACAGCACCGCAGCCCGUGACCUGCCUGACCGUCAGGAGCGCUAUGAGCUCGUCCUCUGGCUGGAGCCUCUUCCUCCGCAUGGGGCAGCUGCUCUCCACCCUCGUGCCCAUCUGGCUGACCAGGGAGGACACUCUGGAGGUGCGUGUAAUCAACUGGUGCCUGUUCAUCUGGCCCAUCUGCUUCAGCCUGACCCUUCUCGGCUUCAUACUGGAGUUGGGCAGUCUCUUCAAACUGCCGUUAGGUAGCUUCCAGUGCCUUCUCCGCUUGUAUGAUAAGUUCCAGUCCCUCCUCCGCUUGUAUCGGGAUGGCGUUCUCUACGCCUUUGGCUCUUACUUUGCCGUCGUCUGCCUCUCGGCUGCCGUCAUCUUCGGCCCCACCUACAUCCAGUUCUUUUCUCCAGGCCCCGCCCGAAAUCGCGUCAUCACCGCCACCGCCUGCUCCUGCGUGGCUGCUCUGCUUUACGCCAUCGAAGUGGCCUGGGUCUGUCGCCGACCCAGUAGAGUGUCCUGCUUUUGGCCGACCUUCCCAGGUGUGCUCAGGAGGCUGGAGAACUAUGUGGCCAACAUCAUCUUCGCCUUCAUCAGCAACACUGACCUGUCCCUGCACCAGCCGGCCCUGGUGUGGUGCGUGGCCGUGUACCUCAUCUGCUUCCUCCUGGGGGCCGUGAACUACUUUGUGAAUGGGUGUGACUGUGACAAUGACAAAAAGCUGCCUCUCCGCGUCCCCUGUUUGCUGUGGGUGCAGACUGUGGUCUCAGUCCUCCUCUAUGCCACCGCAGUGAUCCUCUGGCCCCUCUACCAGUUCCAGGAGAAGCUGGGGGAGCAGCCCCAGCGGUCCAGCGAUAUGAGCUGCAGUGGUCAACUCAACAUCUUUGUCUGCGUCUGGGACCAGCGACUGGCUGUGGCCAUCCUGACAGUCAUCAACCUGCUGGUUUAUGUGGCUGACCUGGUGUAUUUAGUCCGAGAAGCUUUUGUAGGUGGCUCAAAUGGUAAAGAAUCUGCCUGCAAUGAGGAAGACCUUUCACUCACUGAAUCAGGAAGAUCCCUUAGAGAAGAAACGCAAUCACUCCAGUGUUUUGCCUAG